UGUUUACUAUGCACACGUACUUUUAUGCUUUCGGAACCGGUAUCGGUUUUCGAAUACUAAAACUAAUCCAAAACUAACAAAGACCGUAAGAUAAUUAUUUACAUACAGGAUGCAAAUCAUGCAAGAUAAGAGUUGUCAUCGGUCAUUUUCGAAAUCCUAUUGUCAAAAAAACUCUCAUUGUCACAAAUCAAAAAUGAUCAGACUCUCGUUCGCUCUCACCAAAUCACCACUCGUACGUAUUCUGUUUCGUACGUAAUUAGUGAAAGUUUUCAUAUUACCAUUCAUUAUUCGUACUCGCCAUUACGAUAUUUUGUGAAAUUUAUUAACUUAUUAUGAGCACAAUGGGAGUGAAUAAAAGUAAAACUAUUGACAUUUUAGUGUUAUGCUUAGUGCUUGCGCUGAAUUUGGAGUUAUGCACUUGCAAAACUGUGACCGUACCGUUGGUGAUUAGUGAGGGUGCCGUUGCCCCCGAUAACUAUGAACAAACUGGGAUUCUAAUAAAUGGCCAAUUUCCAGGCCCUCCAAUCGUUGUUGACAAAAAUGAUAUUGUGGUCCUCCAAGUAGUAAACUUACUCCCGAGAGGUUUUGCUAUGCAUAUGCAUGGCGUCUUACAAAGAGAGUCCAUCGAUGCUGACGGAGCACCACACAUAACACAAGAACCAAUUGCUCCCAACUCCACGUAUACGCACCGAUUCAAUGUUGGUCAUCAAUCUGGAACUUUUAUGUACCACGCCCACACGGAUCUCGAUUUAGUGUGGGCAUUUGGUCCGUUGAUUGUACUUGAGGAUGAGGAAACCAUUAAUUCAACGAUGCAAUAUGACGGAGAAGUUACUCUUGUCCUUAGUCAAUGUUGGCAUGUUCCGAUAUCCGAAAUUUUAAAUGGGUUGACCGGCGCUCCAUUUGAGGACGUUCCCGACACAGCUUCUCUCCUUAUUAAUGGACGAUCCUGGGGCGAGUGGGAAGGUCACCGGCACAAGGCGAAUUCGACAAAUGGGAAGGAAGGAACGCACUCUGAUGGCUACGAAGUGAUCACGGUGAAACAAAAUGAGACGUAUCGUUUUCGAGUAAUCGGUUUAGGAAUGGACUCGAUGUUAGCUUUCACCAUAGAGAAUCACACAGAUCUCCAAAUCGUUGAGGUGGAUGGGACCCUAGUUGACCCCGUAAGCGCGGAUUAUCUUCAACUCAACUCUGCCCAGCGGUACAGCGUCCUUGUCAAAAUGGAUCAACCAAUUGGAAAUUAUUGGAUUCGAAGUGAAAUGCUGCCAGGCCCUGGACCACAAAAUGGUCGUGCUAUCCUCCAUUACGAGGGCGCAGACGACCCUUUGGAGAUGAGGAAGCAAGUCUUUUCUGGUGAGACGGACGAACUUGAAUUGGACAAUUGGGUACUGAGCGAAUUGCACCCGAGGAAUAAUUUAACCAGUGGAAAUGAACUAGUUUACCCCGUCCCUCAAACAAUUCGUCGAGAAAUCACAAUUUCUUCGUCUCAACGUGUAAGUUUAGACAACACAACGAAAUUCGACAUCAACGGGGGCCUUCACCGUCAUAAAGGACCGUCCCUCCUUCACCAAGUUCUUGCUGGUCAGGACAUCCUCACUGAUCGUGAGAAUGGCGUAUUUGAACUGAUCAUCGGGGAAGCAGUCCAGAUCGUUUUUCAAAAUAGUAUGAGUGACGAAGGAGAAUGUGAACAGCAUCCUUGGCACCUUCACGGGCACACGUUUUACAUCGUGGGGAGUGGACCGGACGGAUAUGACCGAGUUGUAGACGGGGGACGAAUCAACGAGGAAAUUCGAGCCGCUAACGGGACUCACGUUUUUCGCUUUCGUGACGUGGUGACCCUCUUCCCCGCCCAGACCGUGGAAAAUACGACGGUGGGGGCGCCCUGUGGGUGGAGUGCGAUCAGACUGGUUGCAGAUAAUGUCGGAAUUUGGCUUGCUCAUUGUCACCUGACACCCCAUCAGAUUAUGGGAAAGUGGUUUGUCCUCUAUGAACAUGACGAACGGAAGCGUCUCUACUAAAACUGUAUUAUGCAUAUUUCCUAGGAAUGUUCAAAUAAAUGUAUGUAUCAAUUCUAUGCUAAA